GCCGGAUUACAAUUUGGCCUCUCCCGUGGAGAAGAUCGGUUUUAUAAUCCGGCAAACGCGCGUCGGCCUACUAUGGAAAAUGAUGGGCUACGCAGAGCUCACAGCGACUUGACUGCUAGUCGACCCGAGAACCGUAUAGAAUCUGAUGAAGCCAAAAAGUCAGCCACUUGUGAACCUGUGAUGAAGCCACUGAGUAAUUUAGAGCGGUUCCUGCAGGCGAUCACGCCGUCUGUGUUUGCUCAGUAUCCAUCUAAGACGGCUAUGAAAAGUUUCAAGACAUGUGACGGAGAGUUUCAACCGUAUUUUGUUCUUGGUGAUUUGUGGGAAUCUUUCAGGGAGUGGAGUGCGUAUGGUGCAGGAGUGUCCCUUGUACUCAAUGAUAAAGAUAGUGUUGUUCAGUAUUAUGUUCCCUAUCUUUCUGGAAUUCAAAUUUAUGUGGAUUCUGUGAAGUCAUCUGCAAAGUCAAGGCGACUGGGGGAGGAUAGUGACACUGAUUUCAGGGACUCAAGUAGUGACGGUAGCAGUGAUGGUGAACCUGAAAGAGGAUUGAAAUACUUGAGGGACCAGAGAAAUCUUCAACAUUCUUCAGAUGAGGUAUCUCAUCAGAUGGACAGAUUAUCCUUGAGAGACCACCAAAAUAACCCUCAGGAUGGCUUUUCUAGUGAUGAUGGUGAGGCUAUCAAUUCUCAAGGCCACUUAAUUUUUGAGUAUCUUGAACGGAACCCUCCUUAUAGCCGUGAACCUUUGGCCGACAAGAUAUCAGAUCUUGCUUUUCGUUUCCCUGAGCUUUCGAGGCUUAGAAGUUGUGAUAUACUAUCUUCUAGUUGGAUUUCUGUAGCAUGGUAUCCUAUUUACAGAAUACCGACUGGACCAACACUGAAGGAUCUUGAUGCUUGCUUUUUGACGUUUCAUUCUCUUCAUACACCUGUGGAAGGUUCACAAAGUGUGCAGGCCCCCAUAAUGACAUGUCCCAGUGGGAUGGAUGGCAUCCCCAAAAUGUCUUUACCUGUGUUUGGUCUUGCUUCAUACAAGUUCAAAGCAUCUAUGUGGACUCCAAACGGUGGAUAUGAUUGCCAAUUAGCUAGUGCUCUCUUGCAGGCUGCUCAUGAUCAGUUAAGAGCGCUUCAGGUCAAUCACCCCGAUUUUCUGUUUUUCUGCCGGUGAUGCUGUGAACUUGGAUCUUACUUUUGUUGUCAAGUGGCAGUCCUAGCUUGCCCCAUUUUCAAAUGCUAGAUUCAAAUGAAAUUUGGAGUUUCUCACUAAAAUGACAGGAAGAAAAAAGCGUAAAAAGAAAAUGCUAGACUCUGUCGUUUAUGAUUUCCUGCUUUGGUAAUAAAAGCAGUGAAGCAGUGAAGCUUUAGACAGGCAUCUGUAUUAAGGUUCCUCUGGGGUGUGUUAAUGGUUGUGCAUGUGCAGAGUUUGAGAAGCUUUACAAGUGCUGCUGGAUUAUAUAUAUAUAUAUAUAUAUGUAGUCCUCCAUAUCCAUUGUUUCUGGGUCUUUUGGAACUAUCUUUAUGAAGUUAAGAGAAGGGGAUGUUCUUUCCCCUUAUUUCCUGAUCAACUCUUUUUAGGGUCUAGCUUUAAUUUGUGGGGGAAUUUUGACAGAAAAAGCUUGUUAGAUCUGGCUGAAUUGCCCCAAAUAUGUUGAAUUACCUGUAGAACUUGUUUUUGAGUAGUUUUGAUACUAAUAAAAUUGUUGUUAGUAGGAUAAAA